CUUCGAUGUGCUUGUGGGGCCCACAGACUAGGACUUUUGCCACAAAGAACUGUUGGCGGGCUGAAAAAGGGGGGUUCCCGAAGGGCUGGACCCACACAUGUUGUGGGACCAGCAUGUGACUCAAGUUACUUUUAGGAGGUGACCUAGCCUGUGCUUUUUUUGGGGGGGGUUGCAUUGAUCCACCACCAAAGGAAUCAGAAUGAGGCAUGACCUGCAAAACCGUGCCAGUGAGUGGACACCCGAUGUUUGCCCCAAGUACCUUGGGCAUCCUUUGAGUGAAAUUGAUCGAAGGACACAUGACAUGCUGCAUACUCAUCCUGUGCUUCCCAACCCCCACCUUCGCUUUGGCCGCGACUUGGCAGCCGACGGCAAAACCCGGUUUGUGUCGAAACCGGCGACGUGCGACCGGGGGGGCAAUGGAGAGUGAAGCGCCAAUGGUGCAGAGCAUGGACUUGGAGGCGGUGCCCCAACAGCUGCGGAUGCUCAAGGAUCCCAAGCAUGGUGCCUUUUCCGCAUACCAGAGUUUGGGCGAGGGUGCCGCUCCCGCCUGGAACGAUUCCAUGUACUCCAAGCUUUGCUGCGUCACUGCGGGCAUCGGCAGCGUUGCGGGGAAGGUCAUCGUGGGUGAAGAGACCAACUUUUGUUGCAUUCAGAGUCAGCUCUUCUGUGGCUGUGAUGAAGGUGAUGGUUGUCCAGCAGCCAAUGGAGGAUGCUUCAUGUACAAGCCGGAGGUGGCCUGCUCAGGUGCUGCCAAGAUCUUUUGCUUGAAGCUGGGCUUCGAUCUCCCAAAGGCGCCCUUGAUCGUGUGCUGCAAGAACGAGAUCUACGGUGGCUGAGGGAGAUAGCGAUGCAUCGGAGCCGCUGCUGGAAGAAAUGGAGUCGGUCCGUGUGAACUGCGUCCGAGUCGCGCUGGCGCGCGCCGCAAAGACGGGCGGGGGAGCCGACGACGGAACGCUCCGGAUGAAAAGGAGUUGGUGGGCGUUUCUGGCAAAGCGGACUGAACAUGGGGUAAUAUGAACCCAACAACCUGUCAAAGAACAUCAAGUGCGCCGGCCGGUCAUGUACUAAUUAUGAGGGACUAGUCAGAUAUUGGACUUCAUUGGUCCUGUGGUGACUGUUGGUGAUUUGCAAUGAUUUGCCAUGGCCUCAAAGCCGGCCAAUCACUUUUGUGCCAAUGCCUUGAUCAGCAGAUGAUUGGUUGUUUGUGUGAAUAAGGUGAGCAAACAUGGGGGAAGGGGCGGGGGCCAGAAAUUCGAGGAAGCCAGCAGCCAGAGCGACUUUGAAUGGGAUGCCCUACAUCCCGUGUGAGGUGGUUUACUUGUUUUUGCUUGACCAUCGCAGGCAGCUUAACG